AUGAGUGAUGGUCCUGAUAACUUUGCUUUAAGAGAAUUCUAUGUUGCACCUCAAAAUUCAUCUCAUAUUGAAAAUCAAAAAAUUCACACUGAGGAAAAAUCUAGUGAAAAUAAUCAGUGCGGAAAGACUUUUAUGCACAGGACCAAUCUUGCUAGACAUCAGAGAAUCCACUCUGGUGAGAGACCUUAUGAAUGUAAGGAAUGUGAAAAGACAUUCAGUCGGAGUUCCUCUCUUGCUGUACAUCAGAGAAUCCACACUGGGGAGAAACCUUAUGUAUGCAAGCAAUGUGGAAAAACAUUCAGUUGGAGCUCGAGUCUUGCUGUACAUCAGAGAACUCAUACUGGUGAGAAACCUUAUGAAUGCAAGCAGUGUGGAAAGACAUUCAAAGAAAGGUCCAAACUUGCUGUACAUCAGAGAGUCCACACUGGGGAAAAACCGUAUGAAUGCAAACAGUGUGGAAAGUCAUUCAGUCGGAGCUCCAGUCUUGCUGCACAUCAGAGAAUUCACACUGGGGAGAAACCUUAUGAAUGCAAGCAAUGUGGAAAGACAUUCAAAGAAAGGUUCAAACUUGCUGUACAUCAGAGAAUCCACACUGGAGAGAAACCUUAUGAAUGCAAACAAUGUGGAAAGACAUUCCGUCAGAAUUCUUGUCUUGCUGUACAUCAGAGAAUCCACACUGGGGAGAAACUUUAUGAAUGCAAACAAUGUGGAAAGACUUUUAUACUGAGCUCCCUUCUUGCUGUACAUCAGAGAAUCCACACUGGUGAGAAACCUUAUGAAUGCAAGCAGUGUGGAAAGACUUUCAGACUAAGCUCCAGUCUUGCUGUACAUCAGAGAAUCCACACUGGGGAGAGACCUUAUGAAUGCAAGCAAUGUGGAAAGACAUUCAGUCGGAGUUCCAAACUUGCUGUACACCACAGAAUUCAUAUUGGGAAAAAAUCUUAUGAAUGUAAGCAAUGUGAAAAGACUUUCAGACUGAGCUCCAGUCUUGCUGUACAUCAGAGAAUGCACACUGGGGAGAAACCUUAUGAAUGCAAGCAAUGUGGAAAAACAUUUAAAGAAAAGUCAAAACUUAUUGUACAUCAGAGAACCCACACUGGGGAGAAACCUUAUGAAUGCAAGCACUGUGGAAAGGCAUUCAGUCGGAGCUCCAGUCUUACUGUACAUCAGAGAACACAUACUGGUGAGAAACCUUACGAAUGCAAUCAGUGUAGAAAGACAUUCAGUCAGAGGUCCCAUCUUGCUGUACAUCAGAGAAUCCACACGGGGGAGAAAUCUUAUGAAUGUAAACAGUGUGGAAAGACUUUUAGGUUGAGCUUCAGUCUUGCUUUGCAUCAGAGAAUUCACACUGGGGAGAAACCUUAUGAAUGCAAGCAGUGUGGAAAGACUUUCAGAUUGAGAUCCAGUCUUGCUGUACAUCAGAGAAUCCACACUGGUGAGAAACCUUAUGAAUGUAAGCAAUGUGGAAGGACAUUCAGUCGGAGCUCCAGUCUUGCUUUACAUCAGAGAAUCCACACUGGGGAGAAACCUUAUGAAUGUAAGCAAUGUGGAAGGACAUUCAGUCGGAGCUCCAGUCUUGCUGUACAUCAGAGAAUCCACACUGGGGAGAAACCUUAUGAAUGCAAGCAGUGUGGAAAGACAUUUAGUCGGAGCUCCAAUCUUGCUGUACAUCAGAGAAUUCACAUGGGGAGAAAUGUUAGGAACACAAGCUAUGUGCAAACAUGUUUACAUGCAGCUCCGGUCUUGCUAGUAUGUGAAGGAAAUUUACCCUCCCCCCAUUCAGGAACCAAAUACAUGGCAUAA